AUGCUGCGACAGAAGAAACAGUUGACUUUAAUUGCGCAAGAAAGUCAAAAGGACACUGUAACAUUACAGGAGUUUUAUGAAUUUUGGAAACCACAGUUGAAAAGGAUUCAACUCUACGCAGCAUUAGAGAAUGUCGAAUUGAGUCAACCAUGGAUUAGCAACAACAAUGUGCUACCAAUUGUUUUGCCAUGGAGCCCAGAAGGUGCCAAGAUACACACAGCAUUUGCGUCAAAAUCUGGUACCUAG